UCCCAGCGUCAUUAAUCCACAAAAUGUCUGCCAAUAAUUAAGCACUCGGCGUCUCUUUUCCUCCUUCUUCUUUUCUUCCGAGUUGGAUUAACAAUUAUAAAUAUUUUUCUUAAAUACUUAAUUUAAAAUACUAAUAAACUUUCUAUAUUUAAUUAUUUGCUGUCAUUCAGCAUGUAUAUUCAUCAAAUAAUUAUUGAAGGUUUCAAAUCCUACCAAGGACCGACUGCUUUUGAGCCUUUUCAUCCUAAUUACAACGUAGUUGUUGGUAAAAAUGGUUCUGGAAAAAGUAAUUUUUUGAAAGCCAUCCAAUUCGUUCUGUGCGACGAAUUUUACCAUUUAAGCAGCAAACAGUAUCAAGAUUUAUUCCACAAAGGCGUGUCAUCACGUUAUCCAUCAGCAUUCGUUGAAAUAGUUUUUAAUAACACAGACAGAAGAUUACCGAUUAGUAAAGACACAGUUCACCUUCGCCGCAGCAUCGGCCAAAAAUACGACAAUUAUUCUGUAAACAAAAAACUAAUUUCUAAAAAUGAUGUUAAAAAUUUACUCGCAUCAGUCGGAUUAUCUAACUUUAAUCCUUAUUAUAUUGUCCAGCAACGUACAAUAAAUAAACUGGUAUUGUCCUCUGAUGCUAUAAGAUUGAAACAACUUAAGGAAAUUGCUGGUAUUAAAGUUUUCGAAGCUCUUCGCGAAGAAUCAGUAAAAGAAUUUGAACUUAUUGAGCGUGCUUUAGCUAAUUCAAAUAAAUUGAAUGAUGAUUUUUCGAAAAAACUCGAUCUCAAAAGACUGGAGAGCAAAGAAGCCAAAGAAUAUCUCAGGUGGGACAAGGAGAGACGUAUACUGGAGUACGUCAUCAACGAAAAAGAAUUAAAAGCAACUGAAGGUUUGUUAAGAAAAGCUCAAGAUUUGUACAUUGAACAAGACACCGAACAAUUAAAAAUUGACAAGGAAUUGAAACAUGCGCAGCAAAUGAUUUUUGAAUCCAACAAACGUCUAGACAAAGCCACGCAAAAUGUUGCCAAUGCCAGGGAAGGAGUAAAUAUCUUCGUGAUCCAGCAGCAAAAGCUUCUGGAAAUAAAAACAAAUAUAACUAGAACAAUAAAUUAUUUAAAAACAACAAUUGAGAACGACCAGAAAACUCAAGAAAAUAACAAAAUAAAAUUGAGGGAAUUAGAAAAUUCAAUUACUAAAUACAUGAAAAAAUUAUCGCCAAUAAAAGCCGAGUACGAAUCAGUGAAACGUCGCGAAGAAAAAGUAACACAUGAUUUAAUAAUCAAAGAACAAUAUCGCAAAGAAUUGUGCGUUAAAAAACAACGCAAGCGUGAAUUUGCAGACAAAAGUGAACGCGACGAAUGGAUUAAACGUCAGUUAGAAUUACUGGACAAAGACAUCCAAGAAAGAGACGAGCUGAGAGUUAAAUUCGAAAAAGAACUUGAAGAAGAAAAAAUAAAUAGACGUAAUUUGGAGAGUGAAAUUAAAAAUCACGAUGAAAAUAUUGAGAAGCAACUUAAAUUAAUAUGUGAUUAUAAACAUAAAAUAUAUGAGCUGGAAAAAUUAAAAGACCAGUAUCAAGACUCGCGUAGAGAAUUUUAUCGCGAUAAAGAAAAUUACGAAAAUGAAUUACUGACAUUACGCGAGAAAUUGACAAAAAUAGAUCAGAGCUCUAUGAUAAGUAACGAUAUUGCCGAUGGACGGGAUAGUUUGACCAAAGUCCUUGAUAUUUUGCGGCAACAGCCUGGCAGACAACAGGAAGUUGACAGCAGUUAUUUCAAUAUGGUAAUUGAUAACUUUGUUUGCGACAAUGAUAUUUAUAACGCCGUAGAAGCUAUUGCCGGUAAUCGAUUGUUUAAUCAUAUCGUUGCGACUGAUGAGUUCGGCAUGGAAAUUCUUGACCAGAUGAACAGACUCCAGUUACCUGGCAGCGUAACAUUUUUACCUUUGAAUCGUCUGCCUACUGCUAAACGGCUUGAAUAUCCGGGGGGAAAUGAGUCAGUGCCUAUGAUGCGUCAUUUGCACUAUGAUAGCGAGGUUGAAAAAGCUUUCUAUCAUAUAUUUGGUAAAACACUUUUAUGUAGAUCUCUAAAAGAUGCCAUCGAUAUCGCACACAAGCACAAAUUUAACUGCAUUACCAUCGACGCAGAACAAGUCUCCUGGAAGGGAGAUCUCGCUUGCGGCUCUAGAAAAAACCGCAAGUCGCAUCUUGAAGUCAGAAAAAUACGCGAUAAAAUUCUGGAGCAAAUCGAUGAAAUAGACGACAAAUUGAUGCAUGUUAGAGAAAAUAUUUUGAAUGCAGACAAUGAUAUUAAUAAGAAUUUAAAUGAAAUUUGUAAAGACAAAAUAAAAUUAGAGAAGGCUGAAAAUUUGCUUGAAAAAUUAAAUGCUGAGAUUGAGGAACUGAGGGGUAAAUUUAAGGAGAUUGAAAAUAAAUGUGGAGCCAAGGAGAAAAUUUUGAAUGAAUGUCUCACUGGGUUGGAACUCAGACGCGCUAGUAGAGAAAAAUUAGAGAGUGAAUUGAAUGAAAAUUUACUGAGCCAACUUUCUGAAGAGGAUCAGGAACAACUUGACCAAGUGAAUGAUGAAAUUAAGACUUUGGUUGAAGAGAAAAAAGAAUUAGUUGACAAACUGGCGAGUCUGAGUCAUGAAAAAAAUCAGAUUGACAUUUUACUGGAGAAAAGUUUUCAAUGUAAAGAAAAAUUGGAAGUUGACAUUAAAAAGUUGGCGGCAACAAUUGAAGAUAAUUUGUGUGAAUUGAAUUCUUCAGAAAAACAAGUUGGUAAAAUUACAGAGGAGUUGGAAGCAAUCAGUGAUGAUAUUAAUAAAAAUGAGGAAAUUAUUAGCGCGAUGGAGAUUAAAACUCAAAUAGUUGAUGAAAUUAAGAAGUGGAAAAGGAAAGAAAUUGAUGCUACUAAAAAGUUACAGAAGAUAUUGAAGGAGUUGAAUCAUUUGAGGAUCAAAAUAAAUAGAUAUGGAGAAAAAAUACUUGAGUGCAAGGAAAAAUUAAAUAAAAUGGGUCCGUUGCCUCGGCGCGAUGUUUACAAAGAAUUCAAAGAUUUUUCAAAUAAACAAUUGAAUGAUAAAUUACAGAAGACUAGUAAUAAACUCAAGAAAUUUAGUCACAUAAAUAUAAAUGCGUUGGAUCACUUUGUGUUAUUCAGCGAACGUAGGGAUGAAUUAGUUGAAUCUAAAACAGAUUUAGAACGUAGUUAUGAAGAUGAGCGGGAACUUUUUUCUGUUAUGGAUGAAUGGAAAUCUGAUGGAAUUCAGUAUAGUUUUAGAAAAAUGAAUAAAUGUUUAAAAGAAACUUUUAAAAAAUUGGUACCAACUGGUAGCGCGCAGUUGGUUGUUAAAAUAAGAGAUAAAACUAAAAAUAUUGAAAAUAUUUCACGGCGGGAAUUUGAUUAUGAGAAAUUUACUGGAAUUGGUAUCAGAGUUUCGUUUAGUGGAGAAAUUGAUGACAUUCAGAUGAUGAACCGACUUUCUGGUGGACAAAAAUCACUUGUUGCAUUGGCGUUCAUAUUUGCCGCACAGAAAUGCAACCCGACUUCACUUUAUAUUCUUGAUGAAAUUGAUCAUGCGCUUGACCCGACGCACAGAGAAAAUGUCGCCAAGCUCAUUCGGGAAUUGAGCUCUGAAUCACAAUUUAUCACGACAACUUUUAGACCAGAGCAGGUCCGGUAUGCGGAUAAAUGUUAUGGUGUAAAGUUACACAAUAAAAUAUCAUAUUUGCAGCCUAUUUCUCAAGAAGAUGCUGCUGAUUUUAUAGAAAAUGAUCCCAGUGAAAAUUAACAUAACAUCAUUUUUAUUCUUAUAUUUUAAUUUAUAUUUAAAUAUUUAUUGAAUUUUUUUUAUAUUUUUUAAAAUAUGUUCGGUUUUUGUAUGAAUUAUUUGUCUUAUAUUUUUGAACUUUUUACUUUUAUAUUUUUGAUGUACGUUAAUAUUUUUAUAUCAAAAUAAUUAU